CAAAAAAUGGCCAAUCGACACAAGUAGUCUAGAAUCUAAUCAAAUGGAGUAAAAAAUAUUAAAGGCCACCGUAACUAACGCUUGCCGGUUGCCACCCUCACCUCAGCCGUGUCGUGACGGCGGCGACUUUUCAUCUUAGCAAUAAUCGGAGAGUCACAUACUUCUUAUCUUCUUCAACUCCUGAGCUAGGCUCUCAUCUUAUAAUAAGAUAGUUAUAGUACAAAAAUGCAGGGGAGUAUUUGUUCGAGGUGUUUUAGUAGGGCAGGGGAAUUCUUGCUCCAAAAAGCAGAAACCAUGAUUUUGAAUUACAUCCCUUCUCGCCCUUCUUUACAUUCACAAGCACUAAAACCCAGAAAUUAUCUCCAUCAUCAAUAUCGCAUCAGUACAAGAUAUCUUUCAACUAAUAGAAACCUGUGGGAUUCUUCUAGAACAUCUUCUACUGGCUUCAGACAAAUCAAGGCUUUCGUUUCUGAUUUCCCUGCCAAAAACCCUAAUGACCCUGAUGGGAUGCCAAAUGGACAUGCUAUGUUUUCAACAUCUUCAAGUGAUGGCAAAAAGCCUGUAGUGAAGAAAGAUGAAACUGGGAUUGCGGCAAAAAGUGAUCAAAUAUCUGAUGCGAAAAUUAUUAGCACUCUGGCGAAAUACUUGUGGAUGAAGGAUAAUUAUGAGUUCCGCUUCCGGGUCAUUGCUGCCUUGACUUUACUUGUUGGUGCAAAGGUUGUGAAUGUUCAAGUGCCAUUCUUGUUUAAGCUUGCUGUUGAUUGGUUGACAACAGCAACUGGCAAUGCUAAUGCUCUUGCUGAGUUUACUACUGCCAACUCUACUGCUUUAGCUCUUUUUGUUAGUCCUGCCGCGGUUUUGAUUGGAUAUGGUAUUGCACGAUCAGGGGCAUCUGCUUUCAACGAAUUGCGAACUGCAAUUUUCUCAAAGGUGGCGCUCCGCACUAUCCGGUCUGUUUCACGGAAGGUCUUUUCGCAUUUGCAUGAACUUGACCUGCAAUAUCACCUUAGUCGAGAAACGGGUGGUCUUAAUCGGAUUAUUGACCGUGGUAGCCGAGCUAUCAAUUUUAUUCUUUCAUCCAUGGUAUUCAAUGUUUUCCCAACAAUAUUAGAGAUAUCAAUGGUAUCAGGUAUACUUGCAUACAAGUUUGGAGCACCCUUUGCAUGGAUCACUUCACUGUCAGUGGCUGCAUAUAUUGCCUUCACCUUGAGUAUUACCCAGUGGCGAACUAAGUUUAGGAAGGAGAUGAAUAAAGCUGAUAAUGAUGCAAGCACAAGAGCAAUAGAUUCUCUUAUCAAUUAUGAGACUGUUAAGUACUUCAACAAUGAGGUCUAUGAAGCUGAGAAGUAUGAUCACUUUUUAAAGAGAUAUGAAGAUGCUGCCUUAAAGACACAACGCAGUCUGGCAAUGUUAAACUUUGGGCAAAAUGCAAUAUUCAGCAUAGCUCUCUCAGCUGCUAUGGUUUUAUGUUCUAAUGGGAUUAUGAAUGGCGUCAUGACUGUUGGUGACUUGGUCAUGGUAAAUGGGCUGCUGUUCCAGCUAUCUCUUCCACUGAAUUUCCUUGGUAGCGUAUAUCGUGAAACUGUCCAAAGUCUAGUGGACAUGAAAUCAAUGUUUCAGUUGCUAGAGGAAAGAGCUCAAAUCAGAGAUGCAAACGAUGCGAAACCUCUUAAGUUAAGUGGGGGUAGCAUUCAAUUUGAGAAUGUUCACUUCAGAGCCAUUUCGGUUAGACAAGAGUAGAUGCCAAGGGAUUUCUUGUAGGAAGAAAUGAGGGGGAAUAGAAAUUCUAUUUGGUAGAUUGGAAGAGAAUUGCAUUUCUGUUGACAGAAGGGAGCUUACGGAUACGGUGUAUUUCUCUUUUUUACAAGGUAAUAAUCUU